GCCUCGGCCCGCCACGCAUGCGCAUCACGCCCCGGGCGCUGAGAGGCAGGAGGGGACUCGGGACCGUCCUCGGCGCUGGGACCCUUAAAAGAGGCCGCCACGGAGUCCACCGGAGCCGCCGCCGCCGCCCGCGUCGGAAACGCCGGGCCGCAGCCGCCGGCGAUGCCGAGGAGGAAGAUCUCGAGCACACGGACAGCUCGGAGAGCGACGGGGCGUCCCGACGGUCGGCCCGCGUGACCCGCUCCUCAGCCCGGCUGAGCCAGAGCUCUCAAGAUUCCAGCCCCGUGCGGACCCUGCAGGCCUUGGGCUCGGAGGAGCCGGCCUACUCCACCCGCCGCGUGACCCGCAGCCAGCAGCAGCCCGCCCCGGUCACCCCCAAAAAGUACCCGCUCCGCCAGACCCGCUCGUCCGGCUCGGAGACCGAGCAGGUGGUGGACUUCUCCGACAGAGGUAGGUUCGGCGGACCGACCGGGGGCUUUGCUCGCGCAGACACUAAGAAUGCGGCCGACCACGACGAGUCCCCGCCGCGCACGCCCACCGGCAACGCCCCCUCGUCCGAGUCGGACAUCGACAUCUCCAGCCCCAACGUGUCGCACGACGAGAGCGUCGCCAAGGACCUCUCCCUGAAGGACUCGGGCAGCGACCUCUCUCACCGGCCCAAACGCCGCCGCUUCCACGAGAGCUACAACUUCAACAUGAAGUGCCCGACGCCCGGCUGCAAUUCCCUGGGGCACCUCACCGGGAAGCACGAGAGGCACUUCUCCAUCUCCGGGUGCCCCCUCUACCACAACCUGUCCGCCGACGAGUGUAAGGUGAGGGCCCAGAGCCGGGACAAGCAGAUCGAGGAAAGGAUGCUGUCCCACCGGCAAGACGACAACAACCGACACGCGACCAGGCACCAGGCCCCGACGGAGAGGCAGCUGCGUUACAAGGAGAAAGUGGCCGAGCUCAGGAAGAAAAGGAAUUCGGGGCUGAGCAAGGAGCAGAAGGAGAAGUAUAUGGAGCACAGGCAGACCUUCGGCAGCACCCGCGAGCCCCUCCUGGAAAACCUGACCAGCGAGUACGACCUCGACCUUUUCCGGAGGGCGCAGGCCCGGGCUUCGGAGGAUCUGGAGAAGCUCCGCCUGCAGGGCCAGAUCACGGAGGGCAGCAACAUGAUCAAGACGAUCGCGUUUGGCCGCUACGAGCUGGACACCUGGUACCACUCGCCCUACCCCGAGGAGUACGCCCGCCUCGGCCGCCUCUACAUGUGCGAGUUCUGCCUCAAGUACAUGAAGAGUCAGACCAUCCUCCGCCGGCACAUGGCCAAGUGCGUGUGGAAACACCCCCCCGGCGACGAGAUCUACCGCAAGGGUUCCAUUUCCGUGUUCGAGGUCGACGGGAAGAAGAACAAGAUCUACUGCCAGAACCUGUGCCUGCUGGCCAAGCUCUUCCUGGACCACAAGACGCUCUAUUACGACGUGGAGCCCUUCCUCUUCUACGUCAUGACGGAAGCGGACAACACCGGCUGCCACCUCAUCGGCUACUUCUCCAAGGAGAAGAACUCCUUCCUCAACUACAACGUGUCCUGCAUCCUGACCAUGCCCCAGUACAUGAGGCAGGGCUACGGCAAAAUGCUCAUCGACUUCAGCUACCUGCUGUCGAAGGUGGAGGAGAAGGUGGGCUCCCCCGAGCGCCCGCUGUCCGACCUGGGCCUCAUCAGCUACCGCAGCUACUGGAAGGAGGUGCUCCUCCGCUACCUGCACAACUUCCAGGGCAAGGAGAUCUCCAUCAAAGAGAUCAGCCAGGAGACGGCGGUCAACCCGGUGGACAUCGUCAGCACCCUGCAGGCCCUGCAGAUGCUCAAGUACUGGAAGGGGAAGCACCUGGUCCUGAAGAGACAGGACCUGAUCGACGAGUGGAUAGCCAAAGAGGCGAAGAGAUCCAGCACCAACAAGACCAUGGAUCCCAGCUGUCUGAAGUGGAGCCCGCCCAAGGGGACCUAAAGGGGAACCCCGUUGGUUCCCCAGCCCUCCCGGAGCCAGUAAACCCCGUCAGUAGAGAGCACCUAGGGGGUCCGUGCGCCCGCCCGCCCGCCAUCCGUCCGUCCUGCCUGUCGCGCCGCACGGGUCAGGCGCUCCCCCCGGACCGCCGGGCUCCGCUCCGGCCCGGCCCCAGGCGGGCGGACACCUGCGGACACUGGUUCUGAGGAACUGUCGUUUCGGCCUCAGUGAGGCUGUCGGGAUCGGCUCUGCAUCGGACCCACCGGGGGCUCCCGGCGGCGCCGGCCCGGGGGGUUCUCAUCCGGUACCGUACCUGUCCAGUCACUGGUUCCGGCCUCGUGCCUCUGCCCCACCCCCACGAGGUCGCCCGGCGUCCUCCGAGCGCCGGCCGGCGCCCCGUCCCGUCCCCGGGCAGGCCGGGCGGAGCCGCCCUCGGGCGGGGGCGUCGUCCGCCCGGGCCUCCGCGUCCUCGGCCGCGCCCUUCGGAGCCGCCCCGCUCCUCUCCCCCUCUCCCGCUCCCUCCUCGCCCCCGGCCCGGAGCUCCCGUCCUCGAGCGGGGGGGAGCGGUGGGCAUCGGGCCCGCCUCCCGUCCCUCGGCCGGAGGGAGGUGGAGGCCGGCGGAGAGUAGGACGGGGCCCGCGGUCCUCGGCCCCAGCUCGGGGCGGCCGCCCCGGGGGGCGACCGGGGGCCCCUUGCGGUCGAGGCCCUUGUCUGGCCACCCCCGCCCUCCCUGGCGUCGCCCGUCGCCGGACCGGCUUCCGGGCCAACGCGCCCCUUACCCCCCUCCCCCCGAGCCGUGGGGGCGGAGACGCCCGGAGCCCCUUCCCCCGUCCCCGCCGGCGCCCGAGGGAGGCCGGGGUCACGUCCGGAUGCGGGGGUGCAGCCGCGGCCCCCGCCUCUCCGCGGAAGGCCGGGGACCCCCGUGUCCCGGUGGGGGGUGGGGUGGGCGGGCGGCGGGGACGGGCGCCGCCCGACCCCGACCCGGGCUCCCGAAGUAGGACCCCGCCCGGGGGCCGCCCGGCCCGUCUCUCCCCGGGCCCCCUGAGGGGUCGCUGGGGGCCGGGGGCUGCGAGCAUGCUCCGUAGCUCCCCGCCCCUCCCCGCCCCGACACCACCUUCCCCGUUGAGUUUCCCUGUUGAGAAAGCAGCCCCCCGGGGCCCGGGGGGGCUUCUCCCGCCGGGUAGAGGCGGGUCACCCCCCCCCCCCCAUGUGGUAGAAUGUGCUGUCCCGUAUCUAAUAAAGCAUGUUCUCUGCUCCCCCGGCU